AAAGAACGAAAUAAAUGCAUUGUUAAAUAACCUUCAAAAUACAAAGAACGUCGGUAUGUCUCGUCGAAAAUUGGUGAAUUGGUUAUACUCUAUUCUCGAAUCCCCGUUGCGUUGCUGAAAUUACCUACACAUAUCUAAUCACCACAACCAACACUAUUAUCGUUAAAAAGUCGAUCUUACUAAGGAGAUAGAGGUGAUACCUCCUUGAUCUUACACCAUAUUAUCGCAACCAUAAUGUCCGGCAGUAGUCAUCUUGGAAUUGACGACCCCGUCUGCCCUGCUAGGGGAAGAAUAAAUGAUAUUAUUGCUUCUCGAGGCGAGGAUACAGAGAGAGCUUAUGACGCAUGGGCACAAUAUUUUGACGAGGACAUGAUUACCUUAGGUUACGGAGGAUACGAUGUAAUGGGAAAAAACGUCAUUAAGUUUGUAACAAACAAGAAUGCUAAGAUCUUGGAUGUCGGAUGUGGCACCGGCCUGUUUGGCGAAAAGCUUAGGUCUUUGGGAUACAUGAACAUAUUUGGCGUGGACGCAAGUGAUUCUUUCUUAGAGAAAAGUCGUGAGAAAGGAGUAUAUCUGGAACUUGAAGAGCAUAGAUUCGGUAAUGGUCUCAAGUUACCCUACAGUGACAAUUCAUUUGAUGUCAUCAUGGCGGUAUCUAUACUUGGUCCUAAUACCAUCAACCCCACUGCACUAUACGAGCUAGACGGACUUUUAUCACCAGGUGGAUACUUGAUGAUAUUCAUCCGCCGAUCUCGACUCGACAUGGAACGAGAAAACUUUAACGUUAAGGCUGUUUUAGACGACUUGUUAACCAGUGGACGGUGGGAGCGUCUGCCGGACAGCAGUGGACUCUACUAUACUCAACCGAACGGCGUGCCAGUGGCAGAGGGUGACGAAGCCGUUGAGGGAGAUGGCGUUGUCGUUACCAUGAAGAAACUAUUAAAACAUUGACAUUGAUUGAUUAAUUGGCCCAUGUGACAUUGUAUUCACAUCCAGAUUAAGAUUUAAUUCUUGAUAUAAUUAUUGCCUGGUCUUGAGGGUAACAUCAAAUAUAUUGCCCGAAAAAGAAUCAUAUUGGCCCGAGUCUUUAGACGAGGGCAAUAUGGCUUUUUUAAGGGCAACAAUAUUUGAUGUUCCCCGAAAGAAGAGCCAGUCAAUAUUUUUAUUAUCAUAUUUUUAUCACCAAAUCAGAUAUCUAGAGCAAAAUUAUGAAAAUAGAGCUAUUUCUUUUAAGAAUAGAGUUUUAUUGUAUCAGGUUUGUCAAAAAUACAAAUAUCCCUUCCCGAUAUUAAAUCUAGGAAAAUAAGGUUUUGUAAAUGACCAGCUCUGGGGAGCGUUUCAUGAAAGGAUUUGUCGGACGUUUUAUCCGACAAGUCCCGUUUUAUCCUACAGUUACAAUCCAUAGGCGGAUCCAGCUUUUGGCGAAAGGGGGGGGGGGCGCACUGCCGAGUGGCGCACAUAUUUUUGCACUUCACCGGCGCCAUAAAAGAAAAUGUUGAAAAAGGGGUAAAGUCUGACCCUGUCAAAUGCUCUUUUCAAAAUGUAGGAUUUCCAGUCAUGCCAUUUUGCAUGACCGCUCGCAGAUAAUAUUUCCGGGGGGGGGGGAAGACUCGAAAAUUUGGUGCACAUCUCACAUUUGCACAUUUUUCAUAGUUUUCAUGAAAUGUUAAGGGGAAAAAAAAUUGUUUUUCACAACAGCAGAUCGCGAAUGUGCCCCCCCUUCCCCCUUGCUGCCUACGACUAUUCCCUGAAGUCCACUUAAACAUAUCUCAUUAUAACAGAAAUAUACAUCAAUUUAAACAUAUAAUCUUUCUAAAACAUAUAUAGAGAGAGAUUGAAAAACUUAUUAAAGAAAGAAACAAGCAAAAAGUAACACAAAUUAUCAGUGCAUGUUAUGUGCGAUUUCAAAAUAUCGUGUAUUAACCCUUUUAUUGCGAUGAGGCCAAUACUUUUGUAUAUUAAUAGAGAUACAAGUUUUUUUUACUAUAUGUAUAUAUAUAUAUAUACAGGGGCGUCGAUCCUUAUUUUAAGAUUUGGGGGGCAACAUCAUGAAUCAACUUUCCAAAGGCGCUCGAUAUCACACAAAACGAACAAACUCACACAAACACACACACACAUAUAUAUAUAUAUAUUUAUAUGACUCAUGAGAUAGAUACACAUAUCUCACCAACAAAUUAAUGCGAGCGCGAAGCGCGAGCUGAAAUUUUUUAGUAUACUGACCUGAGAACAGGAAAAAAGGUGCCUGUUUAGGACUGUUUGUAGUAACUCAUGAGGAGGAUACAUAUCUCACUACACAGACAAUGCGAGUUCCGAGGGCGAGCUGAAUUUUCUUUAUAUUCUGACCAGAAUGCUUGAUAUUCUAUCAAUUUUUGGUACCAAUGAUUAAGAUGGGUAUCUAAAAAAACAAUAGAUGCGAGCGCGAAGCGCGAGCUUAAACUUUUGAUAUUUCGAUCUGAAAAAGAAUGACAGUUUAAUGGACGUUUGUAAUAAAGAACAAGAUUAUAUCCAGCUAAAGAUUAUUGCAAAUCGAAGCGGGAGUUCUUUUGACGUUUAGUCCUGAAAAAGGGACAUUCUAUUCACCUAUUUAAUCAUGAAAAGUAUGGGGUUUUGCUUCAGAAAUGAUGCGAGCGCGAAGCGCGAGCUGAAAAUUUUUAUAUUCCAAUCUGAGGAGCGGAUAAUUUAAGCACGAUUUUAAAUAAAGAACGAGUUGUGUAGCUCAAUCUCAAUAUACGACUGGUUGCGUAAUUAUACACUCCCGGUACUAGCAACGGGUUUUUAGCAAAGUUUUGGGCUAAAAUAUCGAAUCAUCUUCAUAAAACACUAUAGUAGCUGUCUUAAACUAAAGGCCAUAGAGGUGGCACAAUGUAGAAAUGUGUAAAGAAGAAAAGUGACUGAACUUCUUUUUAUUAAAGCUUUGGAAAACAAGAUCAAAAUUAAAGGAUUUGCUCUACGCUUUUGUAUGAUUCUGGGAUUAAAUUUUUUUUUAAAGAUUUCAUGACAUCUGUCAUUCUGUGGGCAACUGCCCCGCCCCAGUCCACUCUGUAAGGGCAUGCGAUAAGCUUUGUUAUGACCAUUCAACAAUAAAAUGUAUAACCAGGUGCCGCUGAUCAUUCUUGACCGGCGCCGAUCUAGAUUUGGUUGGCAAUAGGCCCUUCUUCAUUAUUCUACCGGCGCCUAUUUAUUGGAACUAGGGGACGCUGAUUAUUCUUGACCGGCGCCGAUUUAGAACAAGUAGUGCUGAUUAUUUUUACUGACGUCACGUAAGAUUCAGGCAGCGGCAAUUCAUAAUUGACUGGCGCCGAUUUAGAACCAGGAGGCGCCGAUUAUUCUUGACUGGCGCCGAUUUUUAACCAGGUGGUGCUGAUUAUUAUUGUCCGGCGCCGAUUAAGAUUUAGGUGGAGCUGAUUAUUCUUGUCCGGCGCCGAUUUAGAUUUAGGUGGAGCUGAUUAUUCUUGAUCGGCGCCGGUUAAGACUCAGGCAGCGCCGAUUUAUAACCAGAUGGCGCUGAUUAUUCUUGACCAGCCCCGAUUUAGAUAUAGGUGGCGCUGAUUAUCCUUGAUCGGCGCCGGUUACGAACUCAGGCAGCGCCGAUUUUUCUUUACCGGCGCCGAUUUAUAACCAGAUGGCGCCGUUUAUUCUUGCCCGGCGCCGAUUUAGAUUUAGGUGGAGCUGAUUAUUCUUGAUCGGCGCCGGUUACGAACUCAGGCAGCGCCGAUUUUUCUUUACCGGCGCCGAUUUAUAACCAGAUGGCGCCGUUUAUUCUUGCCCGGCGCCGAUUUAGAUUUAGGUGGAGCUGAUUAUUCUUGAUCGGCGCCAGUUAAGACUCUGGCAGCGCCGAUUUAUAACCAGAUGGCGCUGAUUAUUCUUGUCCGGCCCCGAUUUAGAUUUAGGUGGCGCUGAUUCACGUUGAUCGGCGCCGGUUAAGAACUCAGGCAGCGUCGAUUUUUCUGUACCGGCGCCGAUUUAUAACCAGAUGGCGCCGAUUAUUUUUAUCUGGUGCCGAUUUAGAUUUAGGUGGAGCAGAUUAUCCUUGGUCGGCGCUGGUUAAGACUCUAGCAGUGCCGAUUUUUCUCGACUGGCGCCGAUUUAUAACCAAAUGGCGCUGAUUAUUCUUGUCCGGCGCCGAUUUAGAUUAAGGUGGCGCUGAUUAUUCUUGAUUGGUGCCAGUUAUAUGCAGGCAGCGCACUGCUGAUUAUUUUUAACCGGCGAAGUUGUUGGGAAAAGGGUACUUAAAAGGAAAGAUAAGGAAGAUGAUAUGAUUGUGUUUUGCUGGGGGAUAGUCAUUCCUUACUGUUGCUAAUAUUAUAUCAGUGUAUAAUUUUUUUAAGCGGCGCUUUUUCCUUUCUUUCCUUUAUUUUUUUCAAGCAGCGCCUUUUCUUUCUUUUACUUUUCUUUUAUUUUUUUUGAGCGGCGCCUUCGGCGCCGCUCAAAUAUUAGGGGGGGGGGGGCGCGCGCCCCCUGCGCCAUCCCCUGGAUCCGCCACUGCAAUCCCCAGAUGUCUUAUGCGGGUAACAAUACUUCAUAUUGUGUGAAUUUUAACAAUUGAUCGACCCUCAAUGUAAAUGUGUAAUCACAUUUUAUUCAAUUUAAGAUAAAUGUUAAGUUCAUGUAAAUCAUCUGCCUUUGGGAUACCAUGUGAUGUUUAUUAAAUAAAUACAUUUUAUUAAUACUAA